AUGGCAAAGUAUGUGGUGUCCAGACCACUUUACACAGAGGAUUCCUUUACAGAUGAGCAUGAGAAAAUCUGCCGGCAACGCAAGACCAUGCUGGACCACGUUAAACAAUACUUCAUUUGCGAUUCAAAACGUGCAAAAAAUGCAGCCAUGUCUGUACUGCCCAUCAUUGGAUGGAUGAAAAUGUACAAUGUCAAAGAAUGGAUACUGGGUGAUCUUGUAUCUGGAGUCAGCACUGGACUGGUGGCUGUACUGCAAGGACUGGCAUACAGCUUACUAGCAUCUCUUCCUGCUUGGUAUGGGUUAUAUGCUGCCUUUUUCCCUGUGAUCAUCUACUUUUUCUUUGGUACUUCUCGACACAUUUCUGUGGGAGCAUUCCCAGUUCUGAGUCUCAUGGUAGGGUCUGCAGUGACCAGGCUGGUACCUGAUGAAGGUCCUGUGGCCAACAUCACAGGCUUUGAAGGGCUUACGAUGGACCAGCAAAGAGCCAUGGUGUCUGCCUCAGUUACCUUCCUCAUUGGUAUUUUCCAGCUUGCCAUGGGGUUGCUGCAGUUUGGCUUCAUAGUGAUUUAUCUGUCUGAUACGCUUGUAUCUGGGUUCACUUCUGCUGCUGCAGUUCAUAUCCUGGUGUCACAGCUCAAAUUUAUUUUUGGGCUGAAGGUACCAGGCUUCAGUGGACCACUUGCCAUUAUAAAAAUUCUGGAGAAGACCUUUGGGCAGAUCACAUCCACAAAUAUCCAUGAUUUGGUGACAUCCAUUGUGGUGAUGAUUGUUGUGUUCAUUGUGAAAGAGCUCAAUGAAAAAUUCAAGAAAAAGCUUCCGGUACCCAUCCCAAUAGAAGUCAUCAUGACUAUCAUCGCAUGUGGAGUAUCAUAUGCAUUCAAUUUCCAGGGAAAUUAUGGAGUGGAUGUUGUAGGGAAAAUACCAGAUGGAUUUGAGCCACCACUUGCCCCUAAUCUUCAGAUCUUUAAGGAAACAGCAGUAGAAGCUUUUCCUAUGAGUAUAGUGGGUUUUGCUGUAGCCUUUGCUGUGGCUAAAGUCUAUGCUGUCAAACAUGACUAUGUUAUUGAUGGAAACCAGGAGCUCAUAGCUUUUGGUGCAAGUAACAUCUUUGGUGGAGCGUUCAAAUCCCUGGCAGCCAGCACAGCUCUCUCCAGGACUGCAGUACAGGAGAGCACAGGAGGGAAAACACAGAUUGCUGGCCUUCUCUCCGCAAUCAUUGUCCUGAUAGUAACUUUGGCCAUAGGGUUCUUGCUAGAGCCAUUGCCAAAGUCAGUGUUGGGCGCAGUGGUAAUAGUGAAUCUGAAAGGGAUGCUGAUGCAGAUUCGUGAAGUCCCUUACCUCUGGAGGAAGGAUCGACCUGACUGCGUUGUUUGGGUUGUGACCUAUGUGGCCUCGAUCUUGCUGGGGCUGGAUAUCGGCCUUGCUGUGGGACUCGGAGCAGAGAUGAUUGCUCUUCUCUUCAGGACUCAGUUCCCACACUGCUGUGUCCUGGCAAACAUCCCUGGCACUGACAUUUACAGGAACCGCAAGGAUUAUGUCAAUAUGUACGAAUCAGAGGGAGUGAAGAUUUUCAGAAUUCCUUCACCAAUAUUCUUUGCAAAUAUUGAUUUCUUCAGAGGCAAACUGAUUGAUGCUGUGGGUUUCAAUCCCUUGAGAGUACUGAAAAAGAGAAAUAAAGCCCUGAUAAAAAUAAGGAAGCUAAUUAAGAACAGCGAAGUAAAAUUCACAAGUAGGGGAAUAGAGCUCACACGCACUUUGUCUAAUGAAGAGUCAGAAGAUGAGAGAAAUCUGGAGGACUUAGAUCAGCCAGUAGACUACUCGGGCCUUCCUGUUCAGGUGAACUGGAAAGCAGAACUUCCUGCCAACAUCUCUGUUCCUCAAGUGGACAUCCACAGUCUCGUCCUUGACUUCUCUGCUGUCUCCUUCCUUGACAUCUCAGCACUCAAAGGCCUUAAAACAGCUUUAAAAGAGUUUAUCCGCAUUGACGUUGAGGUCUACAUUGUGGCCUGUGAUCCCUACAUCAUUGAGAAACUCAAGAGUUGCAAAUUCUUUGAUGAUGAGAUUACAACAUCCAUCUUCUACUUAACCCUCCACGACGCGAUGCUGCACAUACUUGAACACCAUCCGCCCCUCAGCAUUAGUGAAAAGGUAUACUACAACACUUAUGAGAAGGUGAAUAAUGAAAAUAAUUUGCGCAACAGAGAAAAAACAGGCAAGGAACCAGAGACCAAGUUAUAA